AUGGAUGAGUAUGACAAUUUCAUAAGAGGUUCACUCGUUGACUCUAGUGCCUCCUCACAUAUACGACAAUCACAACCGUUAGACGCAUCAAUCAAUGCUGGAAAUGCAAACAAUUUUCCAUCAUUUCAAUACCCUUUUACUCAAUUUCAAAUGUUAACAAAUGAUGAGGCAGAUAAAUCGACUCGCUGCAGUGAUAUAUUGACUGAGAUCGAUGGGUCUGGAUCUAAUAGCCUCAAACCUGAAAAUUUGGCUCUGUGGAAGGAAUUGAAGAAAUUAAAGCGGGAGUUGGUCAUGCUGCAUUUGGGAUUAUCUCAGCAUGCAUAUGGGCAAUACCGCGGAGCGCCUAUCGUUAUAAACAACAAUACCGAAGCACUCGCCCAUUCCCAAACGUACAAUCAGAGUCCCAAGGAAGAAAACAGUAAAUUCUCUACUUGGAUGAGCAAGUUCUUUUCCCGCCCUGCAAAUCGCAUAAUAUUCGUCCUGUCCCUGGGACUGACGGGGUAUAUGUUGCAAGAGAAAAUUAAGAAGAGUUAUAUCCUAUCCAUGAUAGAGGAUAAGAUUAAUCGUAAUCCUCUACUGAAAACUGUAUAUGCUCUGGAGGAGUUUUUAGGGCUAAGACAGGCACCAAAACUUAGCUUUUUCUAG